AUAUAAAUGAGAGCGCUCUCACUUGUCUCCUCACUGUGAAGCAGUUCUAACCGUUCAAAGACGUAGCUUCAUUCUCUUUCGUGUACGCCUGGCCAAACAAAAGUUCCCGUGUCCUCGGUAGUAUAGUGAUUCUCAAAAAAUGUUCUCAAACUCCGCAAAAAUUGUGUUAAUCUUCGCUAUUUUGUUUUUUGAUCUCUGUCACGGUUGUGCUGGCCUAUUCGGAGGUGGAGGUGGUGGUGGAUGUUGUUGCCAGAGUGCGUGUGGAAGAAAAAAGCGAAGUAUCGAUGAGGAUGAGCGGCGGGAGUUCGAAUUUCGAGGAAUUGCCAGUAAAAACGAGGAUUUAUUGUGCAAUAGUCCAGAGAUGAAGGCAAUGAUCCAGGCGCAUAUGAAAUCCAAUCCACAAGCAUCCAGUAAAUCGCUUCAAUCAGCUCUAGAAGAUCAUGAUUCUCAUCGAUAUGUUGUUGUCUGCUCAGAGAAUCCCUUCCACUAUUCCAUCAAACAUGAUUCAGCAUACUGCGGAGCACGGAAUGGUUCUCAUUAUUGUCAGGCAUUUGCGAUAUAACUUUACGAAAGGCUAUUUUGUUUUUAAUUAUCCAAUAAAUUUUCAUGAUAGAAAUAA